AUGGAUAUGUUUAAAAGUUAUGUUUAUAUCAAAGAUUUACUGUCAGUUCGGGUGGUAACGAGAAUACACACUGCAAACCUCUCUUACGUAAAUGGUGGUUGGCUGCAGGGCGGACGUAGACAUGUCUGUUAUCCGACUGAGGGUUCUCUGGGUAGACUAGACAAGUCCCCAGCAAGCCGAGUAGACCAAGAUACCACCAAAUACCGGUCAUAUAAAUGCAGUGUCAAGCACUCGAGUACAAAGCCGGAUCAACCGUCUCCAUACCUGUGUAGGCAUUCAAAUAAGCACGGAGAUGAUGCCACAGCCUUUCCACUAUUCACUGGCGACACGUUGAGGUCGAUAUACGUCUUCAUUGCGGCAUAUUAUGCUCAGACAUAUCAUACCACGCUGUCUAUGUGCGUCGUGUUUUGA